UAUGGUUGAUUCGAUUUUAAUUGUCUAGUAUUCCUCUGUGUUUUUAAUUGUCUAUAGUCACCUAAUUUUCGUCGUUUUGAGUUUGAUUUGUAGAAAGAACGAAAACAUUUAAACAUUAUCAAAAUAAAACACUUAAUUUAGCAAGGAUUUUACUAUCCUUGUGUGUUGUAAUUAAGUGUAACGUGUUAUUGUUUCUUUCCCGUUUAGAUAGUGUUCAUGGCGGCUCAAGAAGAUGAGAUUAAAAGUCUUAAGGAGAAAAAUAAUGAAUUGGUGCAAAAGGUUCAGUAUUGGAAGAUGACGGCGGCUCAGAGGGAAAAUGAUAAGUUGGAGCUAAUGAAAGAGAUCAAUGAGCUGAGGCUCAAAGUGAUUCGUCUCAAAAGCGGCGGUGCCGCAGACGCUCGCAAGCUAGAUGCUGCACUCCAACAAGCUAGCGAGCAGGCUCUCUCCCAUCUUGUGCAGGCCUCGAGUGCCGUCGCUCGCACCAUUGAGUUAGCCAAAACUUAUAUGAGAGACCGGGAAGGUGCAGACACAGUGUCUCCAAGAUGGAGCAACAUCAGCAAUUCCACCGAGAAGGUGCACCGGGUGCCUCCCAUGAUGAUGGGCGGACAGUCCAUACAGCCCGUAGUCUCACUUAGCAGGGCUACUCUCAACAUUAACACUUCUAGACAAACAGCUAGGAGUCCAAACUCUAGUCGCAAUGUUACCGUUAGAGCCUUACCAAUGCACAUGCUACAAGAUGUAUACAUUCCGCUGACGAGGAUAGACAUGAGGGACAUUCCGAACCACAACGAGACUGAACAAGAGGCUGCCGACGACAGCGGGGACAACAUCCCGUUUGACUCAAGCAUGGAGGAGGUGGCCGAGGAACCUCAAAACAUGACCGACGAUGACGAUUACGAAUCAUCGCGAAGAUUAGACAUAGUGACGGAAGACGUCGAACCGGAGGGUGAAGAACAGACACCACCUAGAGCUAGAGUGGACAAUCCCCUGGAGGGUCCCAGCUGGUUACUGGACGCGCCGCGUGAGCCUGACUCCACUACUGAAGAGGCUCUUAACACACCUAACACUGACAGUCCUGAGGCCCUGCCGGAGCCGGACUUGGCGGCGCGCGUGUUCACGCCCACCGUGCGCCGGCGCCGGCGCUCCCCCCCGCCGCCCCCGCCACCCGCGAGGGACGACCUCAACGGUUCACUGUCCUGUUCCCGAGUCCUCCAAGUCCUGGUACCUAAAUUACUAGUGACGGACCCAACGUCGCCCGCCCACAAGCGACCGAAGCCGCGCUUCGACGCGCCCAGCCCUAACGGAGCCACCGACUCGCGAGUCAUCGUGUCGGAAGAAUUAGAAUCUCAAGCCAGAGAAAUAGAGUCGGGCGAGCCUAGCCGCACGCCCACCAAUAAACGCAACGACAGCAGACAGGGGCAAAACCAACAGCAGAGUUACAGGGACCAAGAGGGGCAGGGGCAACAAGAGAGUUACAGGAGAGACAGCGGUGACAGCGAUAGCGGAAGCGGAGCGGACAGGGUCAGCGAGGGCAGGACGCGGCGGAACCGGAAACCGGUCACUUAUAAAGAGAAGCCUUUAAAUCGGAAACUGCGGAGAUGAUAACAGCCGUCGACUGUAGGCGAAUUACACAAUUAUAUUAAUUACUUAUUUAUUGUUUUUAUUACUAUUUACGGUUACAGUUUACAGUGUAACAUUAUCUGUACCAAAAUUUACUUCUUCCCACCUUAACUAUUUUCAAUGGUCUGCCUAGUAUAGGACCCAAUAAUUGCGUUAUAAUGUAAUUUUUAGAAGGUUAUUAGAAGCUUUUAUUUAAUAUAAAACGUUCGUAUGUAAUUAUGUAAGUUGUCUUCAAAAUUGACUGUGUAACCAGUAUUUAGAAAAUUGUUAACAUCACAGUUGAUAUUGUUUGUUUUAGGGCCCUAUCCCACUGGCGAGUUCGCUCGAGCGCGCAACGAGUUCGAUAUUCGCUAGUGUGAUAGAGCCCUUAGCUUUAUUUUUAUAGUGAAAGUUAAAUUGGUAUUGUUUGAUCUGAGGCAAAAAUAGAUAAAAUUAAAAUAAAAAACCGGUCAAGUGCGAGUUGUACUCGCGUUCCAAGGGUUCCGCACAUAAGUCUGACUCACGCUUGACUGCACAUUUCUAAUAGAUUUUCCUGUCAAAUUUAUAGGUAAAGUACUAUUUUGUGUAUUUUUUUCAAAAUUUUCAGAGGUAGUACUUUCAGAGAUAAAAGGGGAGGGGGGAAUGGUCGGACAGACAGACAGACCCACGAGUGAUCCUAUAAGGGUUCCGUUUUUUUCUUUUGAGGUACGGAACCCUAAAAAACAUUUAUUCCUAACUUCUAAAUAAACUGAAUUUUAAAAUAGACUGCCCAUAUAACCAUUCCAGUCGCAGAAUCAUCAAAGUGGUAACUAAAUGUCAGAUGUGUCGUAACAGAGUCCACACAAUGUGUCUAGAAUUGUUUCGAAACAAAGUGUCGUCGCCGUGUGUACACUUUUCCGUAACAAGGUGUCGACACAUUUGUGUGCACUUUGCGUGCGGUUUGCGACUAAAUCUGACAGCAAAUUUGUGACAGCAAAUGUCAAUAUAAAAUACCUCUUGAAAACCAAGGUUUGUCAAACUACUAUUAGUGUCUCGUGUGCUCGUAAGUAAUUCUAGUAAGUCAUCAUGGGCGAUGCAAAUGAUAAUAAUCGACCAAAACCAUAUAAACACCCAACACCCGUCAACCUUUUACAGAAAAGUUUUUAAAGAAAUGCAAUAAGCUACUUAGGUCAGCCAACGAAUGCUCAAAAAAGUUGUAGAGGGAAAUGCUCGGAACACAAUUUUUGACUCUGUAACUUGGUUUGGACAAGUUAGGAGGUGAACAUAUCAAAAGUCCCCGGCCGUAACCCUUGAGCGGGGGGAAGAGAGGGGGCUUUGAAUGUCCCAUUUUCCGGUUUUUCGAUUAUAUCUCGGAAACUAUGCAUCUUAGCGACAUGGCCACUUAUACAAAAUGAAAGUUAAUUUAAUUUGUUACAAGUUUAUUCAGUCAAUUUUUUCGAUAUGUUGAAUAGUUUUUGAGAUAUCCGCUCUUGAAAGUUUAGUUUAUUUAGGGCUCUCAAUUUUAUCUUGAUAUAUCUACAUCAGUGAAGGUGCUAGGCCGUGUAUGGUAUCGUUUU